CGCGGGAAUCGCCCAGCAGUUGAAGCCAAAGAAGCAUCUAGAAUUCCAAGAACUUCGUAUUUUCUCUCUCUUUCAUUUCUCCUUCGUCGCGUAAAGGGAAAAAAGAGGGUAGACAAAUUGGAAUUCCAAAUCUCAACCGUCCGUUUAACAAUCUCUCCUAUAAGUCCUCUCCCCCACGCCAUUCUUUUAUUCUUCAGCGGUGUCCAAAACAAACAAUAGCAAAACCCCAUAAAAAAAGAAUGAAGAACAAAAAAAAGCAGUGUGAUUGAUUGAACUGAGAAAGAUCAGAGAUGUUUGGAAGAUCAGCGAAGAAGAGUAAUAACACGAGGUACUAUGAGAUUCUGGGUGUUUCGAAGAACGUAUCCCAGGAUGAUUUGAAGAAAGCUUAUAAAAAAGCCGCCAUGAAAAACCAUCCUGACAAAGGCGGUGAUCCUGAAAAGUUUAAAGAGUUAGCUCAAGCUUAUGAGGUAUUGAGUGAACCUGAGAAACGUGAGAUAUAUGAUCAGUAUGGUGAAGAUGCUCUCAAGGAAGGAAUGGCUGGUGGUGCUGGCUCUCAUGAUCCGUUCGAUAUCUUUUCAUCCUUCUUUGGUGGUAGCCCGUUUGGAGGUGGUAGCAGUCGCGGAAGAAGACAGAGACGGGGAGAGGAUGCCGUUCAUCCUCUGAAGGUGUCUCUAGAGGACCUUUACCUUGGGACCUCAAAGAAGCUUUCUCUUUCCCGCGAUGUGAUAUGCUCGAAGUGCAAUGGCAAAGGCUCGAAAUCAGGAGCUUCAAUGCAGUGCCCUGGUUGCCAGGGUUCUGGUAUGAAGGUCUCAAUCAGGCAACUUGGUCCUUCCAUGAUUCAACAAAUGCAACAUCCUUGCAAUGAGUGUAAGGGUACCGGCGAGACAAUCAAUGACAAGGACCGCUGCCCUCAGUGCAAAGGGGAGAAGGUUGUUCAGGAGAAGAAAGUGCUGGACGUCAUUGUAGAGAAGGGUAUGCAGAAUGGACAGAAGAUUACAUUUCCAGGCGAAGCCGAUGAAGCACCUGAUACCAUUACUGGGGACACAGUCUUUGUCCUUCAGCAGAAGGAACAUCCAAAAUUCAAGCGAAAGGGAGAAGACCUGUUUGUGGAACACACAUUGUCUCUGACUGAGGCUUUGUGUGGCUUCCAAUUUGGACUUACCCAUCUAGAUGGCCGACAACUUCUAAUCAAGUCAAACCAUGGGGAGGUUGUGAAGCCUGAUUCCUUCAAGGCAAUCAAUGAUGAGGGGAUGCCCCUGUACCAGAGGCCAUUCAUUAAAGGCAAAUUGUACAUUCACUUCACUGUUGAAUUCCCUGAAUCUCUGAGCCCUGAUCAGGUUAAGGCACUUGAGGCUAUUCUGCCACCAAAACCAACCUCUCAGUUGACUGAUAUGGAGCUAGAUGAGUGUGAGGAGACCACGUUAUAUGAUGUGAACAUUGAAGAGGAGAUGAGGAGGAAGCAGCAGGCAGCACAGGAAGCUUAUGAUGAAGAUGAGGAGACGCAUGGUAGUGCCCAGAGGGUGCAAUGUGCCCAGCAGUGAUGAAGAAAAAAACUUGGAAGCUGAUUUGAGUAGUAUUCAUAAAUUUAGGAUUAUGGAAGCUGAUCUCCCUAGUAGUUACGUAGAACUGGGAGUGUAUGGUUUGUUGCUACACAUGUCUUGCCUGGGUGGUGGCUAAGUGAUGCUGUUCUUGUUUUCCAGACAUUAACAGAAGAUGUGGGAUACUCUACAGCCUUUUUUUUUUAAUGUUUUCUUGGCAAAGAUUGCUAUUCUCAUGUAUUGUUUCUAGCUGUCUUAUACAUUCUUAGAUAUGAAAGAUACUUUGUUAACUGCAGCUAGAAAACCAUAAUAACAUCAUUUGGUUAACACUUAACACAA